AUGAACCAAAAAGACUUUGUAAAUUAAAAAAUAAAAUCAACUCUAAAAAUCAAAAAAUUAGAGAUCUUUGAAUCAAAAUCAGCUGUUAAUAUUUAAAUUUGUUGGGAAAUAAAACUAGCUUCUGUGACUUUUAUUUUAUGCUCUCCUGUGGGAAUUAUAGCUUAAGAUGAUUUAAAAAUAGAUAAAGAUAUGGAUUCGAUUUUUAUGCCUAUGAUAAAUUAGAAUUUUGUUCUAACAUUAAUCAUCUUAAACGGUGAAUUCACCGAUCUCUCUCUUUUAAUAAUUAUUUGGUGA